CAAGCUGAAUGAAUUGGCUUUUGAACUUUUAGGCUCAACACAAAAUAGCUGACUCUACCAUGAAGCUGACGGCUGUUGUUCUGCUCGUCACUCUGGCAUUUUGCUGCUUCUUUGGCACAGUUUCUGCUCGUGAGAUUCUCCCUGGUUUUCUAAAUACACUUCUUGAAGGCACACUUGAACAACUUUAUGCUGGGCCAAUUUCCCAAUACAGGAUUGAUGAUGUGACUAAAGCUGCUUUAGCUGCACUGAAGAAAUGCAUUGAGUCUCUCUCUCAGGAACAUACAAAGGCUCUUGUCAAGCUGCUGAAAAUGAUUCGGUCAGAAGCCUAAGUGACAAAGUCUUUCCUUGGAAUUCAGCUCUGAUAACACAAAAUGCUGACUGCCAAUUGCCAGUAUCCAGCCACUGAACCAACAAUGUUCCAGAAAUUUGAGGAACCUAGAAUAAUUGCUUGCAUGUUGCUGAAAGCAAAGGCUGCCUUCUUCCUACAUUCUAAGUACAGUUUCUUCAAAGACAACUAUGUUCUGUAGAAACCACAGAUGACGUUUCCAAACAAUUUUUAUUCAUAGAUUCAUUGCAAGGCUGGAAGGGACCUCAGAAGAUAAUCAAGU